AUGGUACACGUUCUGGCUCAUCAGCAGAGCAGAAAAGCAGACCGUUUGCUCGCAGCGGGGAAAUAUGAGGAAGCAAUUUCGUGUCACAAAAAAGCUGCUGCCUACCUGACGGACGCCAUGAAGCUGACGCAGUCGGAGCAGGCACAGCUAUCACUGGAAUUACAAAGGGACAGUCACCUGAAACAGCUGCUGCUCAUCCAGGAGAGGUGGAAAAGGGCAAAGCGAGAGGAGAAGCUGAAAGCCCAGCAGCAGGCUGACAAGGACGCCGCGGCGCAUCUUCAGACCUCCUCUAAGCCGCCUGCUGAGGAAUCUGAUGAUCCAAACGUGUUGGUUCCUGUUACUCAGAAGUACAGUCCUUCUGCAGAGAAACAUCUACAGAAUAUUCAGGGUGUCUUUGACAGGGACCCGGAUACGCUAUUGUUUCUGCUUCAGAAAAAAAAAGAGCCAUUGGAGGCAUGUAUUGGGAGUAAGGCUCCAAAAGAUGACAAAACGAUAAUAGAAGAGCAGGCAACCAAAAUUGCAGAUUUGAAACGGCAUAUAGAAUUUCUUGUAGCUGAAAAUGAGAGAUUAAGGAGAGAGAAUAAGCAGUUAAAAGCAGAAAGAGCUAGACUCCAAAAAUCUCCAGUAGAGAAGGAGUUGGAUGUAGAUGCUGACUUCGUAGAGAAGUCAGAGUUGUGGGGUCUGCAGCAACAUUCAGAAGCCUCUUCAGCUGCGAGUUGGCAGAAGUUUGGAGCAGCUGCUGGGAAGGCAAAGGACAUUCCCAUACCCAACCUUCCUCCCCUGGACAUCCCGUCCCCGGAACUGCCCCUGCUGGAAUUUUCUGAAGAUAUUCUGAAAGGACUGAUGAAUAGUUAAAAAAAAAAAAAAAAAACAACAGGAAAAGUGCUCAAUGUAGUUAUCCAAACUGAGAAAAGGGAAAACCACCAGGACAAUGAUGAUGUGAGGGCAGAAACAUCUAACUCAAUCCUACUGUUGGAGAAAAGGCAUUAAAGCAACUUUGUUACUGUGAAAUACACAUCAUAUCUGAUCUACUUCAU